AUGCGAAGGCGACUGGAAUCUCGGGUGAUCAAGGAAGGCCGUGUGGUGCGGUUUUGGCAUGGCACGAAGCGGGUCAUGGACAUGAUGUCCAUACGAGCGGCCCUGGCCGUGCAAGGCAAUGCGACUGUGGCAGCUGGUCUGCUGGCGACGGCAAAGAAGGAGCUGCCGCCGAGCGUUCCAGAGUCCGUGCCAGAGUCCGCCUCCUUGCUGACGGAGACUGAAGAGUUGCCUGGCAGGGCGGCUUCGAGGGAGGUUUUGGAGAAGGAGAAGAGGAAGGGCGUCACGACGGCACGGCACAGGAAGCUCGCGGCGGCGGCUGAGCGGAUGGCCAAGAAGUGGAAGAAGUUCGUGGAGGUCACGAAGCCUACGAGGAAGGAGACGAACUUCAAGUACAAGUGGACGACGGAAGUCUGA